CACGACACUGACAAGGUACGCGAUACAGUACGAGACCAAACGCCAUUUCAGCACGUCUCUGUUGACAGCUGCUAUAAGGAAAAUAACAAACUCAACAGCUGAACACAUCUGUAGAAUCCUUCAUAAAGCAUCAAGUGGACCAAGAAAAGCUCUUACACAACCAGAUCAAGUCAACCAUAUCAUAGAGCCGCAGUCUGCUGGGAGGGGAAGACAACUUAAGCCUCAUAUCAAAGAUGAGGAACAUGUCGGAGGUGGUCCUUCUCAUAAUUAAACCACGUAUUCUUGAUAUCUUAAUAGAUUAAAUAAGAAAAAUGCAUUGUUGUAGGAGGAGACCAGCAAGAUUUCCUCUCAGAUGUUGUGUCGGGAAUCCAGGAACGUUUGAAUCGCACCACAUCUGGAGGACAUCUUCCUCAGACUGUUGAAGUAACCCACAUCCUGCUGUAAUUAUUGGUGUUUUUAAAUAUACAAACUCUUUAAUUUGCUGUACAUCAAACUAACAUAGUCCUGGCUUUAUCUAGGAAGAGCCGGAGUUUAGAUUUGAAGAAGCAUUUGUCCACGAAGAGGAACAAAUGGAGUGUAAAACUCCACCUAUAGAUGGUACAAACUCCCUGACAUUGAUGCGAUUGGAUUAACAUGGUAUAUGUUAGCGUGAGGCCUAAAUAUACAAAAUCAUAUCUAAAAACAUGACUUGUUCGUGUUACAGAAUCAAUAGAGCUCAGUACAGAAGAAUCUGACUCUGUAGACCAUCAAAGAGAAGAGCAGUGCACCACUGAACCAAAUGAAUCAAAUUACAUUUCAGUCACUUUGGAUGCACCCAGCAUUACCGAGGCAGCACUGGAUGUCCCAACAGAAGAAGUGCCACCGGAUGCAAGUGAUGAGCAGAGGACAUGCAGAACCUGUGGAAAGACCUUCACCCACCUCAACAACCUGAGAAGACACGAGCAGAAGUUCCACAGCGGAGAAACGCCUCACGCUUACCAAGAGUGCAGAGAGCGUUUUGGCUCCAGACGCCUCCUCCAAAUCCACCGCGGAGUCCACAAGGUGGAAAAGCCUCACAAAUGCACGCUCUGCGACAAGGUGUUUCGCUUGCCCAACCACUUGAGGAAUCACAUGAUGAGUCACGGUGACCAGAGACCGUUCUCCUGCGCCACAUGUGGGAAGAGCUUCGCCUUGAUAAGCGUCCUCAGAGCUCAUGAGUGAACGCAUGCUGGCGAGAAGAACUUUGUCUGCUUGCAAUGCGGUUCCAGGUUCCUCACCAAGUCUUACUUGGACUACCACCAGCGAGUUCACACUGGAGAAAAACCAUACUUGUGGGGAACACUGCGGGAAGAGAUUCGCCCAAAAGAGCAACCUCAAGGCGCACGAAAGGUUUCACACGGGGCGAACAGCCCUUCAGAUGCGAGGACUGCGGAAAAACCUUCGUACACGCCAACACCUUCAAAUCACACAAGCAGCUCCACACUGGAGUCAAAGCUUUCUGCUGCGAGCUUUGCGGGAAGGGCUUUCAGCGACGAACGCAUCUCAAGACUCAUCUAACGUCGCAUUCUGGAGACAAACCGUUUAGUUGCGACGUAUGCGGGAAGACUUUCGCCCUCAAAGGAUCUCUGAAGGCGCACAAGCUCACUCAUACGGGACGGAAGAGUUACGCUUGUAACGUCUGCAAUAAGCAGUUUACUCAGGCCAGCUCGCUAGCCAAACACAAACGGGUUCACACGGGAGAGAAGCCGCACCGCUGCGGAAACUGCGACAAGUCUUUUUCUCAAAGCAGCCAUCUUAACUACCACUCGAAGGUUUACCAAUCCGGGAUGAAAAGUUCAACAAACACUAAUGUGGAAGAGAACUAACUAACCGGUCAUUCCAUUUGUGCCUUUCUUGAAUAAACCUAAUCUGAGUAGAAGUAAUGCCUGGGUCAUAUUUCACACUGAAAUAAAACAAUUAUAGUUCGCAUAAAAAAAGAAAAGAAAAAUGAUGUGCACUGUGCAAGAUUUGCACAUUAAUACUCAAGUAAAAGGUUUAAAAAAAAAAACUGCAAUAAA